AUGAAAACACGGACACGAAUCGGAACAUGGGAUAUACUAACCCUUGCCCAGCAGGGCAAGCUGGCCCAAUUGACCAGAGAGGCUAGCCGCCUUAAGCUAGAAAUCCUGGGACUGAGCGAAGUCCGUUGGCCGACCACAGAAGAACACAAGACACCAUCCGGGCAAGCCCUGCUUUACUCUGGCAUCCGAGGUGAAAAUUCAACUCGGGAACGAUGGGUUGGAUUCCUAUUAAGCCCGGAGACCCACGCGGCCUUAAUGAGAUGGGAACCGAUAAAUGAAAGAAUAAUCGUCGCCAGAUUUAGAACACGGGUGAGAAACCUUACGAUCCAGUGUUACGCGCCAACCGAUGCUGCCAACUUGCAAGAGAAAAAGAGUUUCCACAGCCAGCUGAAUAGCGUGGUUGAGAAGAUUCCGAAAGGAGAUAUCCAAAUCCAUCUAGGUGACUUCAACGCGAAGAUUGGCUCCGACAACGAGGACCUCGAGCGCGUCAUGGGACGCCACGGUCUAGGACAGAUGAGCGAAAACGGAGAGCUGUUUGCUGAGUUUUGUGGCAACAAUAACAUGGUCAUUGGUCGAUCGCUCUUCCCUCACCGACCAGCGCAUAAGGUCACCUGGGUUUCCUGGGAUGGCUGA